AUGGCACUCUCUCAGUCAGAUCCUUUCGCCACGCUGCCCGCAGAGCUGCGUCUACAUAUCAUCAUGUUGACCAACUGCACAAAGACGAUAUCACGAUUAAUCAGAGCAUCCCCAUCCAUGUUGGCACAGUACCUUGGGCACAAGAGAUAUAUCCAACGGCAUAUCGUCGAUUAUGACGAGGACAUGAAGCAAGAUGUCAUGGCGAUUAUUCUGAUUCCAUUCUUCUAUGGAACUGAUGAAGAAGAGCCAGAUGAAAACACUUUGACGAGCGCACGAACGGUUUUGCAAGAGUGGUCGGCUGGUCAGCUUCCCGAUCCUUUCAAGGUCAAGACCGAGCACGAGGCGAGUCAAUUGAACCAACUGCACAGCCGAAUCUUGCUUUUGGCAGAGGACUACAUCACCAAAGCCACCUCUUCAUUUCCUCCGAGGGAUUAUCGUUGUCUGCCGCAGAUCAGACGGCCAUUAUACAACGGGCAUCUGAUGUUUAAGGGAGUCGAGGUGAAAUCGCGUUUCAACUUUGCAGACCUUACGUCCUUUGAAAAGACAAGGGUAUUCAAAGCAUUCAUAAGACACGAGUUGAGAUGCAGGAUCGGCAGUCUCUUUGAUGAUUUUAAACACCUGCCAAAGCGUCCUAUUAGCGAAGCGGAGUCACAAGGUAUCUAUUGUGUCAAGGAUUACUAUAGCUCUGUCUACGGAGCAAUCUUUGCACAGUGCAGCGAUGCUCAGCUUCCGAGUGACCUGGAGGGGAUUUCACUUGAGACUCAGCUAGGAUUUCCCGAUAAUCACCAUUUCGAUCCAAAUACCUACGCACACAAAUUGGGACUUUUUGAUGACUGGUGGGAUCAGUUUCCCGACUUCGCAUUAUGGUUCACACGAUUCGGACUUGAUCGUCUCACUGAUUUCCUCAGUUACGACAUGGCUAAAGAAGAUGAAAGACAGUCUCUCAAAGUUGAAGUCCAAGAAGUCUGGUUUGAUGGUAUUGUGAAACCCAAUUUGGGUUGGGAUAUACCUUUUGCUCCAAUUUCAAAGGAGGCAGAGCUGAAUAACAAUGGUGGUCGUGACUCGAAGCUCUACAAACAGGUCUUUCCCUUCAGCACACGGCUCCGAUGGGAAAUCGUGCGGCAGCGGGCGUGGGUGUUCUUUGACGACACUCGUCUUUACCCCCAGGAGACCACCGAGCGACCAAAUUUCCCUUCGGAAAGCUUCCUUAAGGCGGAAUCCAUGGAGAAAACCUCCAGUGAAGAUUGGCAUCGCUGUUGUUACAUAAUGAGAAGAAACAGACGAGCAAAGUUGGCCUAUGAAGAGUGGGCUAGGUCGCAAGCGGUAGAUGAUCUUGUCUGA